AUGGAUGACGCCAGCCACAAGAACCACCGGUUCUACCGUCAUCGAGACAAGGAGGAGUCCAUAAGCACCCGGUGUCUGCACAAGCAACACCCCCGUCGACAUGUGAUCUCGGCCACUCCUCCCCGGUCUCGCCAAAAGGCAGAGUUCAACUUGAUGGUGUUUACAUCAUACCGGGCAAUCAACAUGGGCACACACGGCAACUACUGUGUAACCGACAGCUCCGAAGAUCCUGAUCAACGAUCUGCGCCCUUUAUUUACGUCAGCUUCAACCAGGAAAGCUCUCUGAAAUAUCGCCAAGUCCUCUCGAUCUGUGCUGCCUGA